GCCGGCGCGGCCCGGAACACGUUAGUGGAGCGGAAGAUGGCGGCAGUGGUGAAGGCUGUAGCCGGGACCCCACUUGGGCUGAGGCGGAGGAGCCGCCGGUUCUGACCUCGCUCUGGCUCCAGUGCGCGCGGCAGAGCGAGUGCGAGGCCCCGCGAGGCAGGCAGGGGCGGCGGUGGCCAGUGCGCGCCGCCCUGAGGAGCGCCCCCGCGACGCGACUGCUGCUGCUGCGGCUGAGGAGCGAGCCGGCUCCGGGCCUCGGCGUCCUCUAGCUCCCCGGGCCCCGCGCCUCCUCGGGGGGGCGGCGGCGGCGGCGAUGUUCUCGGUCCUGUCGUACGGGCGGCUGGUGGCCCGCGCCGUGCUCGGCGGCCUGUCGCAGACCGACACCAGGGCGGGCGGCGGUGGCAGCGGCGGCGGCGGCGACUACGGGUUGGUGACUGCGGGCUGCGGCUUCGGCAAGGACUUCCGUAAGGGCCUGCUCAAGAAGGGCGCGUGCUACGGGGACGACGCCUGCUUCGUGGCCCGGCACCGCUCCGCGGACGUGCUUGGAGUUGCAGAUGGUGUAGGAGGAUGGAGAGACUAUGGAGUUGAUCCGUCUCAGUUCUCAGGGACUUUAAUGCGAACAUGUGAACGUUUAGUAAAAGAAGGACGGUUUGUACCAAGUAAUCCCAUUGGAAUUCUCACCACAAGCUACUGUGAGUUGCUGCAGAACAAAGUACCCUUGCUAGGUAGCAGCACAGCCUGCAUCGUGGUGCUGGACAGAAGUAGCCACCGCCUGCACACAGCAAACCUGGGUGACUCAGGCUUCCUGGUGGUCCGGGGUGGCGAAGUUGUACACCGAUCUGAUGAGCAGCAGCAUUACUUCAACACUCCAUUCCAGCUUUCUAUUGCUCCUCCUGAGGCAGAGGGAGUCGUCCUGAGUGACAGCCCAGAUGCUGCUGAUAGCACAUCUUUCGAUGUCCAGUUAGGAGACAUCAUCCUGACAGCAACAGAUGGACUCUUUGACAACAUGCCUGAUUAUAUGAUCCUUCAGGAGCUGAAAAAACUAAAGAAUUCAAAUUAUGAGAGUAUACAACAGACUGCGAGGAGCAUUGCUGAGCAAGCUCACGAGCUGGCCUAUGACCCAAAUUAUAUGUCACCUUUUGCACAGUUUGCAUGUGACAACGGAUUGAAUGUAAGAGGUGGAAAGCCAGAUGACAUCACUGUUCUCCUUUCAAUAGUGGCUGAAUACACAGACUGACUGGCCACGCUGUUGACUCCUGCCUUUCCCUUGUUGCCCCACUUUUCCCUGCCAUGUGUGCUGAUCCUGCUGGCAGGACCACAUUUCUUUGCCACUGAUCUUCGUGGCCGGUGACCUACACUCUGGCCCAUGUGUUUGAGACCCAUUGAGAUCCUUAUUGAGAACCACUACUAUCAUCUACUAGCCUGGACCUGCUGGAGACAGCCAAGGCAAAGCAAGAUUUGAAGAUCAGCCUUCACCUCCCCCAGAGGGUUUCAAAGGCUACUACUUUUCAAAAGCAGUUGAAAUAUGGAAAAUUAGUGAUAUUGGCAAAGUGAAUUCAAAAUUGCAGUGUGUUAAAGGGAUGUUAAAGGGUUAACAUAGUAUAUAAUGAUACAUCUACUAGAAAACAAACACUAUCACAAGAAAUGCUACCCAUGUUUCCAUAGGCAGUCUUUGCUAGGACUGGGUGUGGCUUUGUGUUGUCAUUAUGAACUCCUGUUUUCUGGGAGCUUACAGUCCUGCUCCAAGACUAUACUCUGGGUUAUGAGAUCUCGAUCCCCCCAAGCAGCUUUUAUUUUUUGUUACAAAUUGGAAGAAUAUUUUAGUUCUAUGGAUGCAAAUAUUUUGUGCUUUUAAAAAGAUGCUUAAUUGUGCUCCUGUGAUUGAAACUUUGGCAGUUUAUUGAUUUGUCCAGGUCACAGGCUAGAGGCCUGAUCUUCAGGAGGAACAGAGAGGGGAGACUCCUUACCAAAAUUUUAUUAUUAGAAAUACUACAUGAAAUUGUGAAACUCCUCAAGGCCUAGGAAUUGAAUACUGUGACUAAAUUCCUUCCUCGCUGUCUGUGAGGGUGCCCCCCCCUGCUGUGGGACCUCCAGGCCUGGGCCUGUUGGGUUGAGAAUACACAGCUAUAUAUAGCUUGGAAUGAGGUUAGCCAUGGACAGCCUCGCUCCUUCCCUCAAGAGCCUCACCCUCUUAAAGCAUGCACCGCAUUCACUGUGUCCAUAAAGUGACUGUGUGUGGUGGCCACAGCAGCAGAGCCCACAGGAAAACUAGUGAUGACCUGAUAUUCGCAUUUACCCCAGCAGAAGUAUGGGGUUUUGAAUCCAGCUUAAUGUUUACAGUUUCCGAAUAGCCAUUUGCAGUGGAUAGUUUCCUUCUCAAACUACCCCGUAUUCGGUUUCCCAUUACCUGCAAGCUCAAACUUAUUUUUAAGGUUUAUGUACAAUUGACUGCUGUAAAGAUAUAUUUUUUUGGGUCAGUUUUUUUCCUUCAUUAACUUGGUGGUAGAAAACUAUAUAUACUUAGAAACCCUUAAAUUAAAGCCAUGUUUUAUAUGAGUCAGGUAAGGUUGGUGUAUAGAUGCGAAUGCAAUUAAACCUGCUGAGAUUACUUGAGGAGAACCAAAAAGUUCUUUCUCUACAGGAGAUACUGACUCCCUGGUUUAUUGCAUUGAAACUUGUUUUUGAGGUUACCUCACCUUGUUUUAAAAGAUUUUGUUUGUGAAUUUGUAUAUUUGAGUAACUGUCGAGCUUUUGUUUUAUUUAAAAUUGUUUAACAUGUACCAUGUACAUGUCAUUGCUAUAUUUCAAUGUGUCAUGCUUGUAACAGGCAUUUCAUUUAUAAUAAGAAUGAGUUAUUCAUUUGUAAGCUGUUCAGUAAUUUAUCUACUAUUCCUAAAUUGGCAUAAUGUUAGCUAUUUGUUUUGAAUCACCUUUAAUUACAUGUCAGAAUGCCUUAACUACCCUAACCUGACAAAACAGUUCUUUGGUGAGGCGAUACAGGGGCCAGGUGGGGUAUGAAGGGAGACUGUUUAAUAAGGAGAAACAGUUGUACUCUGAUUGAACAUUGAAGCAUGAGGGGCAAAUGGUAGGGUAUUUAUUUUGCACAAACUAUUUACAGGCUCUCUGUAUUUCAAAAAGUAAAGUUGCAUCCAGACAGGGUUUGUUAAAGGAACACAUUGAUGCUAGGACUGAGGACUUCAACUCUUCUAUUUGGUUUGUAAUUCUUUUUUGGUCAAAGGUAUUGUAGCUUUAUGAUCUGGAUAUAUUUUGCAUUAAUUUUCCAAUGCCAACAUUUAAUUCCUGGUAAGAGCAAUGUGGUCAAGUUACUGGCUUUUUCUGCUCUCAUUUAACCCAUCAAACAAUCUUUGUAAAGCUAGAUUGGUGGUAUUUUACACAACUUAAUUAACUCACUUCUGAGCAAUGAUUGUUAGAAAUUGACAAUUUGGCUAUCAGUGAUACUGAAAACAGUGGGGCAUGAAUUGAGUUUCACACUAAGAUAGACUUUGGACCUGGUGUGUGGACCAGUGACAUCAAAUAUUCCAUUUGCUUCUCCCCCUGUCCCUUUCAUUAUGCACUUAAUUUUAUGACUGUCAAGGGUCAGGUGGUGUGAGGCCAUCUCACACUCCCUAUGGUCCAGGGCUCUGUUAGACCCAAGUCUAUACCCAGGCUUCCAGGGUGGGCUGAGCUCCAUCACUUGAUGGGUCUAAUUUGGAACCUCAUGGUAUACAUUCAUUGUAUUUUAAAUCAAGCAGUGUAAGCAUAUACACUUGGACUUUUAUAACAGAAGAGAAAAUUUGGGUUUUUAAUUUACAAAUGGCAAAUUAUUUAUCCCUCUCUGGAUGCACCAAAGACCAGUAAAGUUUAUAGCUUUUCCAUCUAUAUUUAUAGAGCAAUACUGUAUUAUAAAAAUCAAUAUUUUUAUCACAUGCUUGAAAUUUUUAUUUUGUUCUGUUUUGAAAUGUGCACUCUAAACAUAUCAGAACCUUAUUUCUUCCUAUGAACUUAAGCUGCCUGCGCACAAAAAAUAAAUAUAAUUACCAAAUGGAGAUGAAGUAGCUAGAGUCCCUAGGCUCUUAAACCUGAAAGAAGAAAUGUGGAUGAAAACAAGCUCUUUGUCCCAAGUUACUGUGUGCGCUUGAUGUGGUUGACAGGCUACUAGCUCACAGAAGAAUCCAUUCCAGGUGUGCGUGUCUGGGUCGGGCUGUGUCUGGAGUAGAAACCCGGUGUGAGCUUUGCAAGGCAAGAGAGUGUCCUUUCCUGCUGCUGCCCUUGUUCUAGAUAGAGCACCCAGCAGAUGGCAAGCAUCCAUAGUGCCGCCAGCUGACUGCACCAAGGAGCAAAAGGAAGGAAGUGGGAGUUGGUCCUGGGUGUUGUGGAGGUGGUCGGCAGAAUUGGCUAAGACUUUGAGUGUUGGUACUUUUGGGCAGGUGUGUGGCUCCUUGUCACCUUACACCAGCUAUCUGAUAGAGUUACAACAUUCAGUUUCUCUGGAGACUUAAGUCAUGCUUUUGAAUUUUAAAAAUUUUACAAUACCAAAAAAAUCUGCUUAUAAAACAAAAUAUGAACCAGAAAACAUUUGGAUUCUAUUGUUUCAAAAAAUUAAAUUUGUUGCAAAUUUGAACUGCUCAACUAAAAACAGUGUCUGUGUCAAAAUUUAACUGCUAGCAGGUAGUUUGUGGCAAAGAUGACUAAGUAAUGAAGCAAAUUUGAAUCUGUGUGUACUAAUGAGCUGCUUUUUCUGUUGAGACUAUCAUUGUUUGUCUUAAAGAGGCAGUUACCUGAAUGGGAUGUCUGAAGUAUAACUUAGGCAGGAAUAGUUCUGUAAAUACAAAUAAACUGUAAAGAUAUUUAAUAAAUAGAGUAUUUAUACUAA